GGGAUAAUGCCGAAGUUCUUAAACAGCCGGUGUAAAGAGCUUGUAGCAUCUCUUAUCAAUUAUUUUAAAAAGGAAUUGGAAAAUGAUGGACCCUUAUUACCAUUGAAAUAAGUUAGAGAGCGUGUAGCGAAUGCACUAAACUUGAGUUUGCCUACUGUAAGUAAGGUGUCAGCGGCAAUGAAAGGCAAUGUGAGGUUAAAUUUUCCCACAAAAAAUCGUAGAAGAAAGAAAACAGUGACUGAUAC